ACCUGAGAUGACUCAAAUUUCUACCCAUAUCACAAUCAUUUAACUCGUCCAAUAAUUCGAACAGAUAUCCUACUCUGUUCCAUUCUGGUGUUCUUCUUGAAGAUUUCAGGUUUCAGCCCCUGUUUGAAUGGAGGAGAAGAAUGAGUCUGUGAUUAUUGAGAUUCCAGUAGAUCUUAAAAAGUGGUCGGAGUGCGUCAUCUACAGGGUUCCCAGAAAGCUCCGCAAGGUAAACGAAUCAACUUUCACUCCUCAACUAGUUUCAAUUGGCCCUUUUCACCAUGGCAGGAAUGAGCUUAAAGGAAUGGAACCCCACAAGGAGAAAUACCUUGACGACUUCUGUAAACGCACUGAGCGGACCAAAGAAGAUCUGGGCAACUUCGUUAGAGAUCACUCGACUGAAAUUUUGGCUGCUUAUGCAGGCACCAUUGAGGAGAUCCCUCUCCAAGUGUUUGAUCAAAUGAUUCUUAGAGACUCUUGCUUCAUACUCGAGCUGUUGUGCCUGUUUGCUGAGAAGAAAUAUCAUGAUCAAGAUGAUUACAUAUUGAGAACCCCAUGGCUGAGGAAUGCUAUAAAGCUGGACUUGGUUAUUUUUGAGAAUCAACUUCCUUUCUCUUUUCUAAAGAAGCUAUAUGCGUUUGCCAAACCUCGACAUGAGAAUACUCUUGGAAGCUUUGAAGUCCACACGAUUCCUUAUCCCGACUCAGAAGAAUGUUGUGGUAUCAACUCCUGUAUUCAUUUCAUUAAAGGGAUUUUAUCAUUUAAAUUUUGUCGUUGUGUAUGCUCUCAGAAGAAUCCUCAGGAGGAUAUCAGUAGUAAUAUUAGUUGGAAGAGUAGUACUGACAAUGAUGAUUGUACAUUGUUGGAGAUUACCUAUGAUUUCUUCAUAAAUUUCUCUUCUGGGGCCGUUGAGAUGAGAGAAAUUAAACAUUUUACAGAUUUGCUCAGACAGUUUUGGCUUUCCAGGAAGUUCAGAAGAGGAGAAAGGCGCGCUUGUCCCUUCCAAGAACAUGAAAGGUACCUCUACAGUGCAACAAAGCUGAACAAAGCUGGCGUUAAGUUUGUUCCCUCAGCGAACAAACAAGCAAACUUAAUCGAGUUUAACAUUUUAAAGAGACCCUUGUUUAAAUUUAUACCAUUUUUGCAUUCUCUGAAAGUUGAGCUUUCUCCAUUUGAGAUAGAAGGCAACACAGAGACCCUCAUGCGAAAUGUCAUCGCAUUGGAGCAGUGUCUCUAUCCAGACAAGGCUUUCAUCUGCAACUACGUUGCUCUGAUGAGUCAACUCGUUGACACUGCGGAGGACAUUGAGUUUCUGGUUGAGAAGAGGAUCAUUAAGAACAUGCUUGGCAGCAACAAAGAGGUGGCUGACUUGGUUAACAGGCUCACCUAUAAAAUCACUGAAUCAAAUUUUGUUUACGCUAAUGAAUGCAAGCGGCUUAACAAGUUCUACGAGACUAGAUUCAACGUUGUCAGGGCAACCCUCAAAAGGGUAUACUUCAAUGAUCUUUGGACAGGCAGUUCCACUGUGGUUGGCCUAUGUAUCCUCAUCUUUUCAGUCUCUUCAACCAUUAAGACUCUGUUUUUCUCUAAGCAAUAGUUUAGUUGGAAGCUAAUAUUAACCCUUGGAUUCAUUUGCUCUUCUUGUCUUUAACAAUGAAAAAUUAGGAGAAAAGUACCUUCUGUGACCAUUCGUUUGGCCAGAUAUCUUUUGCUAGAGUAUCUUUGUAUAUAUGUUAUUUACAUCUUAUGGAUUAUGGUUACACCAUAUAUUAAUAUAAGUAGAGAUGUCAACAGAUUAUAGAUUAGGAAA